CGCAGGCCUGUGUGGUUUGGUGCGUGUUGAGGUGGGUGGGGGUGCUGCAUUCUUCCGCUCUGAUGAAAGAACGAAUCAUGUGAUUUUACGGGAUCCGUAGUCGCAAGGCUUUCAGAAGAUGCAAACUGCUGUAGCUUGCACAAGGCUUCUUUCAAGAGCGUUUCUAAAUGGAAUAUACAAUCGGAAUGCGUCCGCGUCGGGACUGCCGUCUUCACGCAGUGAGAAAGGACACAGUGAUGGUAAUUCAAGCGAAAGUGAUCUGAAGCAUGUAAGGCACGGCCAUUCAAAUGAAACGAACGAAAAUACUGUGAUUCCAAAGCCCAGAUUAGUGUCAGGGAUCUCAGGAAUCCCUAAAAAUUUACACAUGAGGAGAAUGAAUCCUUUUCAAUUUGGUGAUGACUCAUGCUUUGUAUCCCAGCACAGCAGCGGAGAUGUCCUUGGUGUGGCGGACGGCGUGGGCGGCUGGCGACAGUACGGCGUCGACCCAGGAACCUUCAGUGACGCUCUGAUGCGCGCCUGCGAGCGCGUGGUGGCGGCCGGCGCGUUCCGGCCGCAGCAACCGGCCCAGCUGCUGGCGCGCGCCUACGCCGAGCUGAUGGACAGCAAGGAGCCGAUCGUGGGCAGCAGCACCGCCUGCGUGGUGGUGCUGAGCCGCGAGACGGGCCGCCUGCACGCGGCCAACAUCGGCGACUCGGGCUUCUUACUGGUGCGUGACGGCCGCGUGCUGCUCCGUUCCGAGGAACAGCAGCACUACUUCAACACUCCCUACCAACUGUCCAACGCGCCACCCGGACAGGACGGACAGGUGCUAGCGGACCGACCGGAGGCGGCGCGCACCUCCGAGAUGCCGGUCCAGGCGGGUGACGUCAUCAUGCUGGGCACAGACGGCGUGUUCGACAACCUGCCGGACGCCAUGCUGGUGCGCGAGCUGAGCGGCCUGCACGGCUGCGCCGACUGUCACCGGCUGCAGGCGGCUGCCAACGCCAUCGCGCUCAUGGCGCGCCGGCUCGCCUUUGACGGCACGUACAUGUCGCCGUUCGCCAAGAACGCGCUCACGCACGGCAUCGACGCCGUCGGUGGAAAGCCGGACGACAUCACGGUGGUGCUGGCCACAGUGAUAUCCUAGCAGCUCCGUCGGCCGCGCCGCGCUCCUGUGCAAUCGCGUCGGUCCGUACUUAGAUAGGGUAGUAGGCGGCUCCGGGCGCGGCGAGCAGGCGGAGCCGGGCCGGCAGAGUCGGGUGACGUCGAGCGUGCUGGGUGAAUGGUAGCUGCGUGCGUGCGUGUACGCCGUUUCAGUGAUCGUGCCAUUGAAUCUGUGGAAAAGCAUUCAAGGGCCGUUAUUUUUGUCUGGCCGUUUUGUACGUUUGUCAGUAGCGGCAACGAGAUUCUUGGUUCGGUCUGUCCCUGGCGACUUCAUGUGUUCCAUUUGCUAGCCCGGAUUUAUCAGCGCCUUGUGUUGCGGGCGGCACGACGGUGGCGCCGCCGGACGGUUGGCCGCCGCAGGACGGCGGCCCUGUGGCGCUCCGCCCCGCCCGGUCGCUGCCGCCCGGGCAGAGCUGGAGCAGUGUCCCGACGUGACCCGAGAGGGGCCGCCCCCUUCCCUCCCGGCCGGCCGUGCCCGUCGGAGCGGGUCGCGGCCGGCGUGGUGUAGUCGCUUUAGUGAUAUUAGCGUGUCGGCUCCUGGUGGAGGCCGGGCGAGUGUGAGCUGACGCUGCCUGGCGUCUCUCCCGCCACUCUGAGAAACGACUGUACAUAAUGGCAUAUUCGGCUCUGCACGAAUAAACAUCACACAGCACGGAUAACAUC